AUGGUGAACCGGUGGAAUAGGGCGAUGGCAGUAGGGCUACGGCACAACCACGACAUCUCGUUCAUCGCGACGCAGCGCAAGACCAUGGCCCUAGUCUACUACAUCACGAACUAUGCGACAAAGGUCGAGGACCCGGUGUGGAAGCGGGUGGCGGCCGCGGCCGAGUUCCUUCCCGCGCUAGAGCCGACAGGAGAAGGCAACGGAAGUGGCGGCGACCGCGACGCCGGCCGGGGGGGCGGGGCCGAGGGGAUGGCGACGGUAGACGGCGCAGGGGGGAAUAGGACGAGGGUGUUCCUACUAAAGGCAGCGAAUCGAGUCUUCACGGAGCGGCCGCUGUCGCAGGUCGAGGUGGUGGCGCACCUCCUUGGGUACCCGUUCGAGUUCGGCAGCAGCGCGGCGUGGGCGUACGUCAACGUGAACCAGCUCUACUGGGCUGUCUUCCGCCGGUGGCGGCACCUCCGACGGGCGAGCGGCGCAGAGGCGACGGGCGACGCGCCGGACGAGACGGUCGUCGUCGAGGAGGCCGGGCCGAGGAUCCCCCUCGUCGAGGCCUACCGGCACAGAGGCGAGCUCCUGCGGGGCCUCUGCCUCUACGACUACGCGUCGCUAGUGAGGCUAAGGCGAGACGGGGGCGGCAGCGCGGCCUGGGGCGAGGUGCCCCUCGAGGCGGGCUGGGCGUCGGGGAAGGGCUGGGUGCAGGCGCUCAGGCGGCCGGGCAAGGGGGCGAGCGUGCGCCUUGACGGAUACCUAAGCAAGGAGUUUAGCGAGGAAGACGAGGAGUCGUAUUGCCGGAGGGCGGCGGUGCAGCACCUGGCCCUGUUCGUGCCGUGGGAGUCCUUCGUCGGCGUAGACGCAGGCGACAUUAACGACAUCUGGGCGCGGGCGCGGGGGUCGCUGGCGCCGAGGAUCGCGCGGCUCGUGGACAACGUGCAGCUCCUCCGGCGGUCGGCAGAGGACGCGAAGCGCGACGCCAAGCAGUGGGCCGCCACGUCGGAGGAAGGCGAGACGGCGGCGGCGCAGGCCGAGGGCGAGGGCGGGGAGGCGGCCAAGGGCGGCGAAGGGGCGUACCGUGCCGGCGGGGCGGGCGACGGGGCGCGGCUCAUCGACGUCGUCCGGAACGCCGCCAGUGCGGGACAGGUAACGGCACAGUCGACGGAGCUGCUCGCGAUGACGCAGCAGCUCUGCCGGUUCCAGCAGUCGGCGCUCGGGUCGGCGGCCGAGCUCGCGGCGACGGUAGUGGCGGACGCAAGGGCAGGCAGGCAGGUGAACCUGCCGGGCUCGGCGCUAUCGGGGGCGGCACUGCCGCGGCAGGAGGAGGUGCGGGGCAUUAAGUCGCAGCAGAAGAGCGCGGCGCGGGAGCGGGAGCGAGCCAUCCAGGGCAUCCAGGGCGGCGGGGCGGCGGCGGGCGUCGGGGCCGACCGCGGCGCGGCCCUUCGCGGGGUGAUGGGGGGCUUCGGCGAGGACGACAUGGACGUGACGGCGGCCGACGGCGACGCAGACGCAGGCACGGCGGCGGGGAUGCGCGUGCGGCUCGGCCCGUCGAGCUCAUUCGUCGCCGCCGGCAGGGAGCUGGUGGGGCAGCUGACGCUCAACGAGAAGCAGUCGGUCGCCCUCCUAAUCGUAUGCCGGCAGCUCGACCGGAUCCGGCAGGGCGACGGGGCGGGCGACGGGGCAGGCGAGGGCGGCCAGCUCUGCCUGUUCAUCGGCGGGGAGGGUGGCACCGGCAAGUCGCGCGUCAUUGAGGCGCUCGUCGAGCUGCUCGCCCGGAGGGACCUAUCGAGCCGGCUGCUGGUUACGGCGACGUCGGGGACGGCGGCGGCGCGGAUCAACGGCAUCACGCUGCACUCGGCCUGCGGCCUCGCGGUUGGCCAGAGCGGCCAGGCGGGAAGGGCGACGAGGGAGAUAGACGGGGUGCGGCUGCCGGGCCAGGGGGAGCGCUUCGUCGACGGCCGGUCGCGGAUGGACUGGCAGGAGAAGGAGGUGCUGGUGAUCGACGAGGUCAGCAUGCUCGGGGCGCGGACGCUGCACGCCGCCAACGAGCAGCUCUGCCGACUGCGGGGGUCGGCGCGAGACUUCGGCGGCAUCCCGGUGGUGAUCUUCUGCGGCGACUUCCACCAGUUCCGGCCGGUGCAGGAGCGGUCGAUCCUGCUGCCGAGCGCGGCGGUGGCGUGGGACGAGGACGGGGCGUUCGCGGCCGAGCAGCGGCGGCAGCACGACAAGGCGCACGCGUUAUGGCGGCGGUUCACGACCGUGGUCAUGCUGGACGAGCAGAUGCGGGCCGCCGGCGACCCGGAGCUGCGGCGGCUGCUCGGGCGCAUCCGCCGGGGGGAGCAGGACCGGUCGGACCUAGAGCUGCUCAACUCGAGGUGCCACCGGCCGGGCAGGCGGAUCCCGUGGGAGACGGGCCUGACGGUGGUCACGCCUCUCAACCGCAACCGCUGGAACCUCAACCUAGAGGCGGCGCUCGCGUUCCGGGCGCAGCGACGGACGGCGGCGCGCGUCUUCCUCUCCGAGCACAAGUGGAAGGGGGGCGUGCCGACGGAGGAGGAGGCGGCGCUAAUGCUAGGCUACGGCGACGACAGCGCGACGCCGGUGCCGGCCGUCUUCGUCUUCGUGCCGGGCAUGCCGGUCGUCGUGAACCAGAACACGCACCAGGGGCUGAAGCUGGUGAACGGGGCCGGGUAUACGGCGGUGGAGGUCAUCCCCGACCGGGCCUUCCCCGGCCACCGGGUGUCGGCGGAGCUAACGAUGCACUUCGGGCCGCCGGCGGGCAUCGUGCUGGCCUCGGAGACGACCAAGGACUUCCACUUCGUCGGGAUGCCUGCCGGGACGAUCCUGCUGACGCCCAUCAGCGUCAAGAUCGACGCGCGGCGGAAGCGGCCGUGGCAGCGAAGCGACGUCAGUCGCAGGGGCCUGCCCUUCACGGACACCUUCGACGAGGAGGCCAACUUCUGCGCCGGCGCGACGCAGAUCCACACGCAUAGCGCGACCUGCGUAAAAUACUCGCUCGGCGCGGGGGCGCGGAAGGGGGACCUUUGCCGGUUCAAGGCGCCGUGGAGGCUGGUGGAGAGGACGGCGCUGACGGCGGACGGGGUGCUCGAGAUCCGGCGGACGCAUAGCAUGGUGAACCGGUGGAACCGGGCGAUGGCAGUAGGGCUACGGCACAACCACGACAUCUCGUUCAUCGCGACGCAGCGCAAGACCAUGGCCCUAAUCUACUACAUUACCAACUAUGCGACGAAGGUAGAGGACCCCGUGUGGAAGCGUGUGGCCGCCGCGGCCGAGUUCCUCCCCGCGCUAGAGCCGACGGGAGAGGGCAACGGAAGUGGCGCCGACCGCGACGCCGGCCGAUGGGGCGGGGCCGAAGGGGUGGCGACGGCGGCGGACCCCAGAGGGGGGAACAAGACGAGAACGUUCCUGCUCAAGGCGGCGAACCGAGUAUUUACGGAGCGGCCGCUGUCGCAGGUCGAGGUGAUCGCGCACCUCCUAGGGUACCCGGCAGAAUUUAGCAGCAGCUCGGCGUGGGCGUACGUGAACGCGAACCAGCUCUACUGGGCCGUCUUCCGCCGGUGGCGGCACCUCCGACGGGCGAGCGGCGCGGAGGCGACGGGCGACGCGCCGGACGAGACGGUCGUCGUCGAGGAGGCCGGCCCGAGGAUCCCCCUCGUCGAGGCCUACCGGCACAGGGGCGAGCUCCUGCGGGGCCUCUGCCUUUAUGACUACGCAUCGCUCGUAAGGCUAAAGCGAAACGGCCGCGGUGCCGACGGUGGGACGGGCUGGGGCGAGCGAGGGAGACGACGAGUCGUGCCACCGAAGGGCGGCGGUACAGCACCUGGCCCUAUUCGUGCCGUGGAGUCCUUCCUCGGCGAGGAGGCAGGCGACAUCGACGACAUCUGGGCGCGGGCGCGGGAGUCGCUGGCGCCGAGGGUCGCGCGGCUCGCAGACAACGUGCAGCUCCUCCGGCGGUCGGCGGAGGACGCGAAGCGCGACGCCAAGCAGUGGGCCGCCACGGCCGAGGAGGGCGGUACGACGGUGCCGCAGGCCGGCGACGAAGGCAGGGGGGCGGCCGAGGGGGGCGAGGAGGCGUACCGCGCCGGCGGGGCGGGCGACGCGGCCCGGCUCAUCGACGUCGUCCGGAAUGCCGCCGGCGCGGGACAAGUCACGGCGCAGUCAACAGAGCUGCUAGCGAUGACGCAGCAGCUCUGCCGGUUCCAGCAGUCGGCGCUGGGGUCGGCGGCCGAGCUCGCGGCGACGGUAGUGGCGGAGGAGAGGGCAGGCAGGCGGGUGAACCUACCGGGCUCGGAGCUCUCGGGGGCGGCGCUGCCACGGCAAGAAGAGGUGCGGGCCAUCAAGUCGCAGCAGAGGAGCGCGGCGCGGGAGCGGGAGCGAGCCAUCCAGGGCAUCCAGGGCGGCGGGGCGGCGGCGGGAGUCGGGGCCGACCGCGGCGCGGCUCUUCGCGGGGUGAUGGGGGGCUUCGGCGAGGACGACAUGGACGUAACGGCGGCCGACGGCGACGUAGACGCUGGCACGGCGGCGGGGAUGCGCGUGCGGCUCGGCCCGUCGAGCUCGUUCGUCGCCGCCGGCAGGGAGCUGGCGGGGCAGCUCACGCUCAACGAGAAGCAGGCCAUCGCCCUCGUAAUCGUGUGUCGGCAGCUCGACCGAAUCCGGCAGGGCGACGAAGCAGGCGGCGACGGCAGCGCUCAGCUCUGCCUGUUCAUCGGCGGCGAGGGCGGCACCGGCAAGUCGCGCGUCAUUGAGGCGCUCGUCGAGCUGCUCGCCCGGAGGGACCUAUCGAGCCGGCUGCUGGUUACGGCGACGUCGGGGACGGCGGCAGCACGGAUCAACGGCAUCACACUACACUCGGCCUGCGGCCUUACGGUCGGUCAGGGCGGCCAGGCGGGAGGGGCGACGAGGGACGUAGACGGCGUACGGCUGCCGGGCCAGGGCGAGCGCUUCGUCGACGGCCGGUCGCGGAUGGACUGGCAGGAGAAGGAGGUGUGGGUGAUCGACGAGGUCAGCAUGCUCGGGGCGCGGACGCUGCACGCCGCCAACGAGCAGACGUGCAGGCUGCGGGGGUCGGCGCGAGACUUCGGCGGCAUCCCGGUGGUGAUCUUCUGCGGCGACUUCCACCAGUUCCGGCCGGUGCAGGAGCGGUCGAUCCUGCUGCCGAGCGCGGCGGUGGCGUGGGUCGAGGACGGGGCGUUCGCGGCCGAGCAGCGGCGGCAGCACGACAAGGCGCACGCGCUGUGGCGGCGGUUCACAACGGUCGUCAUGCUAGACGAGCAGAUGCGGGCCGCCGGCGACCCGGAGCUGCGGCGGCUGCUCGGGCGCAUCCGCCGGGGGGAGCAGGACCGGUCGGACCUUGAGCUGCUCAACUCGAGGUGCCACCGGCCGGGCAGGCGGAUCCCGUGGGAGACGGGCCUGACGGUGGUCACGCCGCUCAACCGGAACCGCUGGAACCUCAACCUAGAGGCGGCGCUCGCGUUCCGGGCGCGGCGGCGGACGGCGGCGCGCGUCUUCCUGUCCGAGCACAAGUGGAGGGAGGGCCUGCCGACGGAGGAGGAGGCGUUGUUAAUGCUGGGCCAGGGCGACGAUAGCGCGACGCCGGUCCCGGCCGUCUUCGUCUUCGUGCCCGGCAUGCCGGUCGUCGUGAACCAGAACACGCACCAGGGGCUGAAGCUAGUGAACGGCGCCGGGUACACGGCGGUAGACGUCAUCCCCGACCGGGCCUUCCCCGGCCACCGGGUGUCGGCGGAGCUGACGAUGCACUUCGGUCCGCCGGCGGGCAUCGUGCUGGCCUCGGAGACGACCAGGGGCUUCCACUUCGUCGGGAUGCCGGCCGGGACGAUCCUGCUGACGCCCAUCAGCGUCAAGAUCACGGCGCAGCGGAAGCGGCCGUGGCAGCGCAACGACGUCAGCCGGAGGGGCCUGCCGUGCGCGGCGGCCUUCGCCUGCACAGACUAUAAGGUGCAGGGCGGGACGCUGGAGCGCGUGGCGCUGGAGCUGCGGGGGCGAGGAUGA